CAGGAGAUGGGUGGCUACGAUCACUGGAACAAGCACUUUACUUUUUUAUGCUCUUUGGUAUGGCCUCUUAUAGAGAGCUACUGGUUGGUGCUGGCUUCCCUUCUCUAUAUUUUCCAGAAUGACCUUGUGAUCGUUGGAGAGGGGCGGGCAGUGUCUGCCAUGCAGAGCUUUGCAAAGACCUUGGUCCACACUGGCCAUGUCCAAUAUGACGAGGCGGCAUCAGCUGAGCCCUUGAAAGCUGCAUUGCAGACCUACGGUGAGCUGGGCAUUGUUCGUUGGGCACGCAGAUUUGGGAACCAGGGAGAACAUAUGGUUGCCCUGGAACUGGAACCUGAGUUUAGAGGUCAUGUCUUGGACAGCAACAGUGCAACAGCUUCGCACAAAGCAGGGUCUGGAGAAGACAGAUUCGGUCCGCUGAUUCGGCUGGCUGAUGCUGUCAGCUCGUAUCGACGAUGUUGGCGAGAGCAGGAGGGUCCAGAAGAUUAUCCGGAGUAUGUUGCUAGGAUGGCCUUUCCGCAUUCAAAACUGUGAGACCUUCAGUUGGGCAACAGGCUCAAAAAUUAUCGUUUCUAUGCAGGAAUUAAUUGUGCACGUUUGUUUCUUGAUGGUCUUUGCAUGACAGCAGAGGAACAUCAUCACUUUUAAUCGCAGCGACCUUUGACCAAUCAUUCUAGGUCCCAAGAGCAGGAGUGCCUUGGAAUCUGUUCAGAACACAUGUCACAGGCGU